UAAAAGCUCUCUUUUGCCCAGAAAAGAUUUCUGAUCAUGUCCGGUGGAUACCCUCACCACCCUGCCGGCUACGGCUACGGCUACGGUGCCCCGCCAUCUCAGCCCUACACAGCCGCUCCAUACACAGCCGGCGCGCCUCCACCUCCUCAACCGUACGGCGCUCCAUACGGCGCUUCACCAUACGGUGCACCUUCUGCUCCCUACUCUGCCCCUCCGGGAGAGAAGCCAAAAAAGGACAAGCUCGGGGUACAUGGCGUUGGUGGCGCUCCUCCAGCACAUGGCGGAAACUAUCCUCCCAUGGGAGGUUAUGCGAGCCCGUUUGCAGCUCUGAUGCCAUCGGUGUUUCCACCGGGGACAGAUCCUAACAUCGUGUCCUGCUUUCAAAUGGCCGAUCAAGAUGGGAGUGGGUUUAUCGAUGAUAAGGAGUUGCAGAGAGCGCUUUCUUCGUAUAAUCAAAGCUUCAGUUUAAGAACUGUUCAUUUGUUGAUGUAUCUCUACACUAACACUAACACCAGAAAGAUCGGUCCGAAGGAGUUCAGUUCAGUGUUCUAUAGUCUUCAGAAUUGGAGGGCCAUUUUUGAGAGAUUCGAUAGGGACAGGAGUGGCAAAAUCGAUACCAAUGAACUGAGAGAAGCACUCUUGAGUCUAGGAUUUGCAGUUUCUCCGGUUGUGUUGGAUUUGCUCGUCUCAAAGUUUGAUAAAACUGGAGGCAAAUCCAGGGCAAUUGAAUAUGACAACUUCAUCGAGUGCUGCCUUACAGUUAAAGGACUAACUGAGAAAUUCAAGGAAAAGGACACGAUGUAUAGCGGUAAUGCUUCGUUUACUUACGAAGCCUUCAUGCUCACCGUUCUGCCAUUCCUGAUUGCAUAAAUUGAAAGCAAAACAGUGGUAUGGUUGAUUAUGAGUUU